AUGGACUUGAAUAUCCUUAUCUUCUUCCUUGCCCUCCUUUCUUCUUUUCUUUUUUCUUUUACUUUUUAUUUCUUUCUUGUUUUUAUUCUUCUUUACUUCAAUCUUUCUUUCUUCCUUUCUUCUAUUUCUUUCUACUUUUCUUUCUCUCUUUAUUUCUAUUUCUCUGUUUCAUUCAUUAGUUUUUUUCUUAUAUUCAUUCAUUCAUUGCAUAUUUCAUUCACGUUUCAUAAUGUCUUUGUAUUAUUUUUCUUUCUCGCUUUUUUCUUUCUCUUUUUUUUCAAUCGUUAUUAUUCAUUCUCGUUUUUUUUUCUCUUUCUUUUUUUUUUCAACUUUUUCUUUACUUUUCUAACCGUUAUUUUUUUCUCUUUUUCAAUCGUUAUUAUUCAUUUCUCUUUUUUUCUAUUUUUUCAACCGUUUUUUUCAUUUCUCUUUUUUUCAACGUUAUUAUUCAUUCUUUCUUUUCUUUCUCACUUUUCUCAACCGUUAUUUUUCAUUCUCUUUUUUUUCUUUGUUAUUAUUCAUUUCUGUUAUUUUUCUCAACCGUUAUUUUCAUCUCUCUUUUUUCAAUCGUUAUUCAUUCUUUUUCUUUCUCACUUUUCGUUAUUUUCAUUCUUCUUUUUUUCAACCGUUAUUUUUUCUUCUUUUCUUUCUCUUUUUCAACCGUUAUUAUUCAUUCUCUUUUUUUCAAUCGUUAUUCAUUUCUUUUUCUUUUUUUCUCAACCGUUAUUUUUCAUUCUCUCUUUUUUUCAAUCGUUAUUAUUGUUCUCUGUUUUUCUUUCUUUUUCUUUAUUUUUCAUUCUUUUUUCAAUCGUUAUUUUCAUUCUUUUUCUUUUUUUUCAUUUUUCAUUCUAUUUUUUUUUCAAUCGUUUUCAUUUCUUUUCUCCCUUUUUCUCAACUGUUAUUUUUUCAUUCUCUCUUUUUUUUCAAUCGUUCUUUUUAUUCACUUUUUCUUCCGUUAUUUUUUCUUUCUUUUUUCAAUCGUUAUUCAUUCAUUCUUUUUAUUUUUCAUUAUUUUCAUUCUCUUUUUUUCAAUCGUUAUUAUUCAUUCUCUUUUUUCUUUUCUUUCUUUCUCAACCGUUAUUUUUCAUUCUCUCUUUUUUUUCAAUCGUUAUUAUUCAUUCUCUCUUUUUCUUUCUCACUUUUCUCAACCGUUAUUUUUCAUUCUCUCUUUUUUUUCAAUCGUUAUUAUUCAUUCUCUCUUUUUCUUUCUCACUUUUCUCAACCGUUAUUUUUCUUUCUCUUUUUUCAAUCGUUAUUAUUCAUUCUCUUUUUUAUUUCUCAUUUUUCUCAAAUCGUUAUUUUUUUUUCUUUUCUUUUUCAAUCGUUUUUUAUUCAUUCUCUUUUUCUUUCUCACUUUUCUCAACCGUUAUUUUUCAUUCUCUCUUUUUUUUCAAUCGUUAUUAUUCAUUCCCUCUUUUUCUUUCUCACUUUUCUCAACCGUUAUUUUUCAUUCUCUCUUUUUUUUCAAUCGUUAUUAUUCAUUCCCUCUUUUUCUUUUCUCACUUUUCUCAACCGUUAUUUUUCAUUCUCUCUUUUUUUUCAAUCGUUAUUUUAUUCUCUUUUUCAAUUUUUAAUUUUUCUCUUUUUCUUUUUUUUCAACCGUUAUUUUCAUUCUCUUUUUUUUCAAUCGUUAUUAUUCUCUCUUUUUCUUUUCUUUCUCAACCGUUAUUUUUUUUUUUUUCGUUAUUAUUUUUCACUUUUCUCAACUGUUUUUUUUUUUCAAUCGUUAUUAUUCAUUCUCUCUUUUUCUUUCUCACUUUUCUCAACCGUUAUUUUUCUUUCUCUCUUUUUUUUCAAUCGUUAUUAUUCAUUCUCUCUUUUUCUUUCUCACUUUUCUCAACCGUUAUUUUUCAUUCUCUCUUUUUUUUCAAUCGUUAUUAUUCUUUUCUCUCGUUAUUUUUCACUUUUUUCAACGUUGUUAUUUUCAUUCUCUCUUUUUUUCAAUCGUUAAUUAUUCAUUCUCUUUUUUUUCUUUUUUUCUCAACCGUUUUCAUUCUCUCUUUAUUUUAUUCAUUCUCUUUUUUUUCACUUUUUUCAAUCGUUAUUAUUCAUUCUCUUUUUUCAAUUUUUUCCUCUUUUUCUUUCUCAACUGUUAUUUUCAUUCUCUUUUUUCAAUCGUUAUUAUUCAUUCUCUUUUUUCUUUUCUUUUCAACCGUUAUUUUCAUUUCUCUUUUUUUUCAAUUUUUAUUAUUCUCUCUUUUCUUUUCUUUUUUCAAUUUUCAUUUCUCUCUUUUUCAAUCAUUAUUAUUUCUUUCUUUCUCACUUUUCUCAACCGUUAUUUUUCAUUCUCUCUUUUUUUUCAAUCGUUAUUAUUCAUUCCUCUUUUUCUUUCUCGCUUUUCUCAACCGUUAUUUUUUUCUCUUUUUCAAUCGUUAUUUUUUUCUUUCUCACUUUUCUCGUUAUUUUUUUCUCUUUUUUCUCGUUAUUUUACAUGUGUUAUUUUUCAUUUUCUCUUUUUUUCGUUAUUAUUGGCUCUUUCUUUCUCACUUUUCUCAAAUCAUUCUCUCUUUUUUUUUCUUAAUCGUUAUUUUUUUUUUUCUCACUUUUCUUUUUUUUUUUUCUUUUUUUUUUCAUUUGUUAUCUUUUCUUUCUUUUCUCAACCGUUAUUUUUUCAUUCUCUCUUUUUUUCAAUCGUUAUUUUUUCUUUUUCUUUUUUUUUUUAACCGUUUUUUUUAUUUUUUUUUUUUUUCGUUAUUAUUUUCCUUCUCUCUUUUUUCAACCGUUUUUUUAUUUUUUUUUCAAUCGUUUUUUUUUCCUUUUUCUUUUUCAACGUUAUUUUUCUUUCUCGUUCAAUUUUUCAUUUCUCUUUUUUCAACCGUUAUUUUUUCAUUUUCUCAAUCGUUUUUCAUUUGUUUUUUUCUUUUUCUCAACUGUUUUUUUUCUUUUUUUUCAAUCGUUAUUAUUUUUCUUUUCUUUUUUCUUUCUCAACGUUAUUUCUUUUUUCAUUUCGUUAUUUUUUUCUCUCAACCGUUUUUUUCAUUUCUUUUUUUAGUCGUUUUUUUCUUUUCUUUUUUUCUUUCUCUCUUUUCAUUUCCUAUUAUUUUUUCUCUUUUUUUCAAUUUUUUUUUUUCAAUCGUUUUUUCCUCUUUUUUUUUUUUUUUUCAUUUUUUUAUUUUCAUUUUUUCAUUUGUUAUUUUUCUUUCGUUAUUUUUCUCUCUUUUUCCAUUUUAUUUUUCUUUUUUUUUUCUUAUUUUUCAAUUUUUCUUUUUUCAAUUUUUUUUUUUUUCUCUUUUUUUCUUUUUUUUCUUUUUCUUUUUCAAUCGUUAUUUUUCUCUCUUUUCCAUUUUUUCUUUUUUUUUCUUUUUUCUUUCUAUUUUUUUCAAUUUUUUUUUUUCUUUCUCUUUUUUCUUUUUCUUUUUUUCUUUUUCAAUCGUUUUUUCUCUUUUUUUCGUUAUUUCUCUAUUUUUCAUUUUUUUUUUUUUUCUAUUUUUUCAAUCGUUAUUUUUCAAUCGUUAUUUUUCUUUUUUUUUUUUUUUCUUUUCUAUUUUUUUCAAUCGUUAUUUUUUUCUUUCUUUCUUUUUCUUUUUCUUUUUUUUCAAUCGUUAUUUUUUUUUUUUUUUGUCUAUUUUUUUCAUUCAUUUUUUUCUUUUUAUUUUUCUUUCUUUCUUUACCAAUCAUUGGUUCUUUUCCUUUUUUUUUUUUUUAUUUAUAUUAUUUUCUUUCAUUCUUUAUUUACUUGUUUCCAUCUUUUUUCAAUUUUUAAUUUUUUUUUUCCUUUCCUUCUUUUCAUUUUUCUUCUUUUUUUGUUACUUUUUUCCAUUUUUUUCUAGUACUUUUUAUCAUUUUUUUUAUUUCAUUCUUUUUUCUUCUUCAUUCAUGUUUUUCUUUAUAAUUCUUUCUUAUUUUAUCUUUAUUAUUUUCAUUCAUGUUUUCUUUAAUUCUUUCCAUUCUUUCUUUAUUUUUUUUUUCUUUUUUUUUUUCGCUUGUAGAAUUUUAUUUUAUUUUUUUUUGCCCUCAAUGAAAUAA